AUGGCUUCCGACGUCGUCCGCGAAGGCUGCUUGGCCAUAAACAAGCCGUGCGGAAUGAGCUCCGCCCAGGUGAUACGAGACUGCCAGAUUGCCUGGAACCCGUCCAGCUUUUUCCAGCCGCUCAUCUCGGCCGAGGUGUCGAAGAAGGAGCGCGAGAAACACACCCGGAAGAAGCACAUGAAGCGGGCGAACCAGGUCAAGAUCGGGCACGGCGGGACGCUGGACCCGCUGGCGACGGGGGUGCUGAUCCUGGGGAUCGGGUCGGGGACCAAGGCGCUGCCGCAGUUCCUCGACUGCGUCAAGACGUACGAGACGACGGUGCUGUUCGGCGCCAGCACGGACACGUACGACAGGGUGGGGCGGAUCCUGGCCAAGCGGCCCUACGACCACAUCACGCGGGACAAGGUGGAGGAGGCCCUCGAGGGCUUCAGGGGCAAGCAGAUGCAGGUGCCGCCGCUGUACUCGGCGCUCAAGAUGAACGGGAAGCCGCUGUACGAGUACGCGCGCGAGGGCAAGCCCAUCCCGCGCGACAUCGAGGCUCGCCAGGUCGAGGUCAAGGACCUGGAGCUGGUGGAGUGGUACGAGCCGGGACAGCACCCGCACCGCUGGCCCGCCCAGGAGGCCGAGGCUGCCGAGCGCAACCUGGCCGAGCAGGUCUGGCGCAUCAAGAAGCAGCAGGAGACGUCGGGUCGCAAGACGCUCACGCCCGAGGAGAAGGAGGAGGACGACCAGGCCAUAGCGGCCCACGAGUCCUUCAAGCGCCGCUUCGAGGAGCGCCAGGAUGCCCUCAUCCGCGAAUCCGGCGUGGGCGGCGACGGGAGCAACGGCGCCAAGGCGAGCAAGAAGACCCGCAAGCGCAGCAACUCGGCCGCCGCCUCCGGCCGCGAACCCCCCAUGAUGUCCGGGGCCCUGGGCAAGCUCCCCGAGCAGCCCCGCUACUCCACCCGCGGCCAGGACCUCGUCCCCGACCCCCCAAGCCAGGACACGCCCCCGCCCUGGACAGGCAAGGGCCCGGCCGCCUGCCGCAUCCGCAUGACCGUCACCUCGGGCUUCUACGUCCGCUCCUUCUGCCACGACCUGGGCGCCAAGCUCGACUCUGCCGGCCUCAUGGCCGAGCUGUCGCGCACCCGCCAGAGCGACUUCACCAUCGGCGGCGUCAACUGCCUCGAGCACGCCGACCUGGCCGCCGGCGAGGCCGUCUGGGGUCCCAAGGUGUCCGCCAUGCUGGCCCGCUGGAACGGAGAGCCUUCGGCCGAGUGGAAACCCCCCAGCCCCUCUCCGCCGGCAGCGAAGCCCACCACCGCUACCGCUGCCACCAAAGACGAGCGCAGCAGCGGCCACAGCGGCCGCAGCAGCAAGACCUCGACCCCCCCCGAGCCCGAGGGCACCGACGCAAAGGAGUACCACCGCCCCUUCAGGGCCACCUCCCCCACCGCCGAGAAGCGCCGGCGCUCAGCCACGCCGGACGACCGGGACGGCGAUAAGCCUGCCCGCAAGGUCCAGGCUACCGGUAGCCGAGGCAGCCCCACCAGGGACGGGAAGAAGGGUGGCGGCGACGACAGCAAGUCGUGGGACGGCCUCUCUGACUAG